AUGACAAUGGAAGCUUUGGACGAUGUGACAGGCGUUCACUCUUCAUUUAUUGCACGUGAGGCUUUUACGCUUCAGGGAGUUGCAGCAAAACGAGUUGUGGAAAGUGAAGAAACAGAAGACUGUUACAUCAGUGGGAAAUUAUCGUUACUUGAAAAACCAUGUGGUGUGAUGAUUGAAUGGGUUCCUAUGGAAGAGGAUGGUUGGGUCCUUGCAGCGGAGGAUGACAGUGAAAAUCUUUCAACAUCAUCAGAUAGUGGUGAAUCACGUCGAGAUUAUAUAAAUAAGCUAAAAUUUUCAGUUGAUAUUAAAGAUUUGCGGUCAUUUCAAUGUGUUGAACCCAAGAAAGGAUAUCCUUGGGUACGGUUUAUCGGUAAGGAUGGUUCGGGCUAUACACCACUGUAUUUUCGUCAAGGUGGUAUAUCUUCCUUUACUGAUAACUUACAAAGAUAUGCUACAUUGAAACGUUCAGCUCGAGAAGCAAAUUUGGUACUUUUUACGGAUGAACGCCUUGAAGCUUUGGAACAAUCUGUCUCCAUUUUGGAUUUGAACAGUGAUUUCUUCUCGCGUAUGAUGGCACAACCGUACGCGACAGCAAUGACAGGACUUGGGAAAGUUGCAACAUUUGUCCAGGAGCAGGUUAUUCCUUCUAUAUUGGAAUCAGAUGCGGUGAGUGCAGAAGAAAAAAUCAGAGCAAUGAGGGAGUUAAGAGAAAAAGAAGAUGAAGCAGCAGGCAUUCUAAGGUCGCAUGAUGAUGCAGGUUUUGAACUUAUAACACAUUUGGAAUUGCCAGAACGCCCAGAAUUUACAAGGGAACAACCACUGACCGAAGCACUCUGGCAAAAGUAUAAAAUGCCUAAUGGCUGUAUCAGAGAUGUUCAUUCAUUAAAAGUAUUGAUCUUUCGUGGUGGUUUGGAUUCAUCGUUAAGGAAAGAAGCGUGGAAGUAUCUUCUCGGUGUAUAUGAUUGGAAAAAAUCCUCUGCACAGAAUGAAACUAUACACAAAACGCUUUCCGAGGAUUACUAUCGCAUGAAACUACAGUGGAAAACAAUAAGCAAAGAUCAAGAAAGUAGAUUUAGUGAAUUUGCUGCUCGGAAAGCUUUAAUUGAUAAAGAUGUCUCACGAACGGAUCGUACACAUGUUUUCUUUGGUGGCUGUAAUAACGGUAAUCUCGUGCUCCUCAAUGACAUCUUAAUGACGUAUUGUAUGUAUAAUUUUGACCUCGGUUAUGUACAAGGAAUGAGUGAUUUUCUUUCUCCUUUGCUUGUCGUGCUGCAGAAUGAAGUUCACGCGUUUUGGGCUUUUGUUGGGUUGUUAAAAAGAGUACACAGAAAUUUCGAAUUGGACCAGUCAGCUAUUAAAAAGCAGUUGAUGGAUUUGCGUGACCUCCUUAUGGUUGUUAAUCCCAGAUUAGCUAAUUAUUUAGAAAGUCAUAAUUCUGAUGACAUGUACUUCUGUUUUCGCUGGGUGCUGGUUGUAUUCAAACGAGAGUUUUGCUUCGAUGAUAUUAUGCGGUUGUGGGAGGUUUUGUGGACCGAUUUACCAUGUUCAAAUUUCCAUCUCUUAAUUUGUGUUGCAAUUCUUGAUCAGCAAAUGAAUUUCAUCAUUGAAAACAAGUUUGGUUUGACAGAAAUCCUUAAGCAUGUAAACGAUCUAUCGAUGCAUAUUGAUUUGAAUGAUACGUUAACUUCAGCGGAAGCUAUAUUUCAUCAACUUGCGGCCAGUCAAGACAAACUUCCAAUUCAUGUGUGUAAGAUUCUAUCACUGGGUGAUUCUUCUGAUUCCAGCGAAGGAUGA